AUGGGUUGCUGUGGUUGUGGAGGUUGUGGUGGCUGCAGCAGUGGCUGUGGGGGCUGUGGGGGCUGUGGCGGCUGUGGCGGCUGUGGCAGCUGCACCACCUGCAGGUGCUACCGGGUGGGCUGCUGCUCCAACUGCUGCCCCUGCUGCCGCGGCUGCUGUGGGGGCUGCUGCAGCACCCCCGUGGUGUGCUGCUGCCGCCGCUCUUAUCGCUCCUGUGGCUGUGGCUCCUGUGGCUGUGGCUCGUGUGGCUCAUGCGGCAAGGGCUGCGGGAAGGGCUGUUGCCAGCAGAAGUGCUGCUGCCAGCAGAAGUGUGGUUGCCAGAAGCAAUGCUGCUGCUAGGAGAGCCAGCCUGGCUUACGAGCGGCUAGUGGUCAGGUUCUCCCCUACUGGUAAGAACUUGU